AUGCAACCGUUUGCUGAAAAUCUUUUCUCUGAGCUCGAUGACAUCCCUGGUCUUUCCGUCGAAGAGGCAAUUCCCAAUGAUCCCGUCUUGAUGCUUCCUUACAACAUCUUUGAUGAUUCAUGGUUGUGGGAGAGAAUACCCGAAGAUGAUACUACUUGUGGUUCUGAAUCUAAUUCAGAGAUUAUGUUUCAAGGGAGGAAGUUGCCCAAGAAGCCGAGGACCAAGAGGUUUGGAAGGCGGACAUGGUCUUUGCGACCUCCAACACUAUGGCAUCCUAUUGCAAUAGCAACUGCAAAGGAUAACAAGAUAUGCUCUCACUGUGGGACCAAUGACACCCCGCAAUGGAGAAGAGGACCUGAAGGAGUGCAAACUCUUUGCAACGCCUGUGGAAUCCGCUUCAAGUCCGGUCGCCUCUUGCCUGAGUACCGUCCCUUGGCGAGCCCAAACUACAACACAGAUUGCUCCAACAGACACAAGAUGGUGAUGAAAAUAAGAGGGAACCAAAAUGAGAACUGA